AUGUCUGAGGUUUCGAAUCACCCCACUAGCGGAUGGCGCAUUCCUAAGGCUUGUCAGGAGUGCCGAAAGCGCAAAAUCCGCUGCAAUGGCCUAAACCCGUGCAAAACAUGCCAGCAAAGAAAAACACCUUGUAACUACCGGGAUUUCAUCCGCCACAGAAGAAAGAAACACGAAUAUCAAGAAGCUCAAAAUGAAACCCAGCCCCCGGCAGCCUCUCCGGGCCUAGCCCAGCCAGCCCAGCAGCGAAGAUCCUCGUUCAUGCAUGAUUUCCCGAAUAGUGUCUCGGCGACGCAUAUGGCAUCGCCAUCCUGUCAGAUGCAGCUCUAUUAUGGACCGACUUCGCAUUUUUCGUUGAUGCAGCACAUCUACAGGGAUCUCGUCUCCAACCCGACCGCACAACCAGAACCAUCAGGCGGCGUGGAUGAGGCCAGUGCAGGUUUGGAUUUAUUCAGCUUCCGGCGGAUCUUCUUUGGUACACCGGAUAACCAUGAGCCUGGGAAAUCAACCGGAGGGGAGAUACCCCAAUCAUGUUUUUGCCUCACGACCUCGCCAGGCCUUUAUCAUAUGACGCCGUACCGUCCAAAGGCCUACUAUGAAAGCUGCCUAGAGCGGCUAUACGACCCAUCCCCUUCUGCCCACCCCGAUACACUGACUCAAGCUAUCGUUCUGAUCAUUUUGGCGACGGCAGCCCUUGGUACCGAGUAUUUCUCUUGGGGUGAUAUCUUAUACGACCGUGUCAAGGCUUCGCUUGCAACUUACGAUGAUGUCGUUAAUUUACAGACCAAUGAACAGGGUCGGCCCAAUUCCGCAUUCUUGCACCUCGGAGUAGCUUCUCGAAAAGCUAUCUCAGCAGGACUACACAAGGAUGUUCCCCAUGACAAUAUUGAAAGCCCGGAGAAUAUCGAGGAGCGACGAACUACCUUCUGGUCACUAUACAUGUUUGAAACAUGGUUUUGCUUCCACGCGGGUCGACCCAGUUCAUUGUCAUUGCGCGACGUUGCCAUUGAAUAUCCACAAGAUCCGUUCAUCCGACUACUGGUCCAGCUUUGCAAGACAAUCUCACGGUCAACCACGGAAAUUUAUAGCGAGAGUCACGAGUCAUUGCUGCACAUGUGGCGAGUUGCUCGGUCAAUCACAGAAGACCUCCGUGCACAUGAGUUGCACAUGAAACAGGCAUUAGGCUUCGGCCUUGAUGCCGAUCUCAGAACGGGCUCCUUGGGUGUGCGGCAAACGAUAUUUGUAACGCUGUACUACCAUACUGUUCUACUUACUUUCCGGCCGUUUCUCAUCUUUCGUGGGCAUUGGCGACGAGGUAGGAAUGUGCCAUCAAGCCAGUCUGCUACUCGGGUCCACAAUCGCCCGAAUGAAAUUCCGUCAUGGCUGAACGAAGCCUGUAAUCAUGCUCUUUCUGCCGCCCGAAAAACCAUCCAUCACUUGUGCGAGGCCUCUGAGGCCAACGACCUAGUCAAGGAACUGCGGUACCAUGGUUAUUUCAUGGGCAGCUCGGUCUUCACAAUAAUUUACGACCUACUUCAUGAUCCAAGUGCUUCGUCCAAUCAUCUACCUUGGGCGUAUGCAACUCUGCAGAACUUAUCGACAAUGCGAGCGGGCGAUCCAAUUCAAAGUACAAUCGGAGCCAUCCAAACUGUACUGCGUAACAUCAAUCCAUCAUAUGAAUGGUUACCGUACGCAAGUCAAGAAAACGACUAUGCUCUUCGCCGCGAUAACUCAAUGGCCUUCACCCAGGGCUCUAGAGUUGCAGAGGAUCAGAAAAUUCAAGCCGGUGCUUCGCUCGCUGCGAACUCGCUCCUCGGGCCACUUCCAGACUUUCCCGCGUCCCAGUGGAAUUUCCCUCUGGAAUCACCUGAAACGGGGCGUUCAGGGGGCUCGAGUGAGGACCUUCUCGACUUCACACAAUCUGAUAUGGGUUGGAAUUUUGACUUCUCGACUAUGGAUCUAGAAGCCUUCUUUUCUCUUUACCCUCCCAUUGGCUCUUCGGCUCCCCAAUAG